AUGGACUUCUCCUGGCUUGAGUUCGAUAACGACGACGACGUCUUCGUCCGCUCCCGACACCGGCACCGACGCCGACGAUCAGCCAGCGUCGCUUCUACAUCAACGCUGCUACCAGACCUAGCUGACGACGAUGACUUCUGCGAGAUCGUGGAAGAGGAUGCAGAGCCUAACGUGCUCUUCGCCGGCGAGGUCAUCGACCUGACCAAGGACGAUUCAGAGAGGCUCGCGCAGCACCAUCGGCCCGAUGAGACGGAGAUGGAUUCCGUGACGGCGCCUUGUGGAACGACGAUUAAGCGGGAAAACUGCAUCCAGGUCCGCGACACAUUUCUCGGCGAGCUCAAAAUCAACUUUUUGCAAGUCAAGGCAAUCAUCCGCGACCGAAACAAGAGAAUCUACAUUCGAGGCAUACCAUACACCAAGCUCCGCCACUUGAACGAAAAAAUCAGAAGCAGAGUGAACGAGAUUUGUGUAGUUCUCCAUGUGCUCAAGCACCCGGGUCAGGAGCCCGAACCUCCCGUUCUAGUUGACGUGGAGCCCGACUGCGUUGUUCGAUGGCGCAAGCUAAUCGUCACCAAUGCCCAGUAUCCCGCGCACGCCGUCGACGCGCGCCGAUACGCUCGCCCCUCACUUUCCCUCGAGAAGCAAACAAAAGCAGCCGAAAGAUGCGGGCCCGUCGUGUGCCGAUGGAGCAUCACCAUACAAUACUCAAUCAAUGCUAGGGACAGGAACAAGGCCGAGGAGGAGCUCAUCGAGCACCUGUGCAGCAGCGAUAUCCUGCACGCCGAAUACCGUGUGCCUGACGAGCACAACGCAGACCCCGAUGCUCCGCGGUCGCUCGACACGCCCAUCGUCCGCCGCCCCGACCAAGCCUACACGCUCUUCGACUCCUUCUCCGGCGCGGGCGGCGUGUCCCGUGGCGCUCAGGACGCCGGCUUCAAGAUUCGCUACGCCAUCGACAAGGAGCCAGAGGUGUGGGAGACGUACAGCCAGAAUUUCCCAUUCGCGCGACUAUUCAAAUGCGACACUAAAAAGUACGUCGAAAAGAAGCCGCACCAGCCCGUUGACGUUCUUCAUUUGUCGCCGCCUUGCCAGGUGUGGUCACCCGCCCAUACACAUGCCGGACCGGACGACGCUGCGAAUACCGAGACGCUAUACACUUGCCGUGCAUUAAUUACGAAGACACGGCCGCGCCUUGUCACUCUCGAGCAGACCUUUGGCAUCACGCAUGCCAAGCAUGUUCAGCACUUUUGGUCUCUCAUUCGUGACUUUACGGACCUGGGCUACUCAGUGCGAUGGAGCAUAAUUCGACUAUGCAUCUGGGGCUCGCCGCAGGAUCGGAAGCGGCUGAUACUGAUUGCGGCAGCGCCGGGAGAGCGUCUGCCGCCAUUCCCGACGCCCACGCACUCGGUGCAUGGCGGCAACGGCACGCGACGAUUCAACACGGUAGCGAGCGCUCUCGCCCGGGUGCGUCCCGGCGACGACCUGCACGACCUUGGCCGCGUGCAGUCCUUCCACCCGUGCCGGCCUGCCUGGGACGCCAACACGCUCGGCCGUACUGUGACGACCGGCGGAGCGAACGCGUACCACCCGAGCGGGCAGCGCGACUUUACUCUGCGCGAGCUGGCGGCCCUACAGGGCUUUCCAAGGCAACACCGGUUUGUGGGUACGAUGACACGCAUUCGGCGUCAAAUUGGCAACGCUUUCCCGCCGAACACCGUGCGCGUGCUGUACAGUCAUCUACAGGAGUGGCUACUGGCGGAAGAUAAUAUUGGUAGAGGUCGGCCACAAUCCGUGGAGGAGGAGGAAGAUGUCAUAAUGAUUGAUGACGACUCCGAUCUUUCUGGUGCGGAGAGUUUGGUUUUCAGCGAUGCAAGACCUUCGCCAGCUAUGGAGGACGUGAUUAUGGAGGAUGUGGACGAUGAGGUAAUUUUUGUCGGAGCGAGCGCAGGACGACAUGAUGAUUGCUUUGUGGAUUUGACUUAG